AUGAUGAAUGAAGACCAGGUGAAUGACAUGAUCCAGACAUGGAGAGAUACUCCAGAGAAAGAUUUGACGCCAGACGACUUCCAGUGGUUCAAGAAUUUGGGAUGUGCGUGUGUCACCGGGGGCGACUGUGCACAGCUACUGAAAUGUAUCCAGGAUGAGAAGAACCAGGAGAUUGUGAAGUCUAUGGGCUGUGUUCUCUUGGAACCUCUGAUAAAUGGAAUAGUAAAAAAAGAGAAGGGUCUUUAUCACUGCCAGGCUGCCAUCACUCAUCUGACCCAGACUUGCAGGGCAGACGAGCUCCUGCAGAGUUUGCUUGGACUGAUUGAAGACAUUCAUCCUGGUGCCAUUUCUGAGACCAUCAUGGUUCUAGUUCCAUAUUUUCAAACAGUGUUGCUGCGGCUGGAUGCCAGAAAGGCAGCCUGCGUGGGCCUGGUUCUGUCUGCCCUGCAGAGGCAGCUUUCCCGGCUGCCGGUGCCUUACACCCAGCAGCAGGAGGAGGCUGAUGAGUUCGGACUGUGUCGCUGCUACUCCGCACUGGCUGAGUUCACAAGGUCGAUUGUUGAGGAGAUGAAGAGGAAAGAUGGAGACUGUGACACUGCUGAAGAUGAGGAGCUGAGGACUGAGCUUCUCAAGUUCUGCCUGAGGAGUUUGAGAGAUCCUUUGCUGGAGGCCGAACUAAACCGAGACAGGAAAUCGUCACUGUGGCUCUUUGCAAUGGAGAUAAUGGUCACACUACCUGUGAUCCAAGUGUCCCUCUCUGAGCUCCUGUUCUUCAACUCUCCGAAGAAAAGCCCCCUGGCGGACAACAGUCAGUUGAACGAAGCGAGAGCCUGUCUGGCUUAUCUGCUGUUUGUCCAGCGCAUCAACAUAGACAGCUUUCCAGCAGUUUACAGUCCCGUGUUUAUUCUACGGUGCAACGUGGAAUACAUCAGUCAACUUCUCAGCAGCAAAAAAGAAUCCCACUUGCUUAAAGGCCUGGCACUGUUUACUAAAAGCUUGCAGAGCGUGCAGGACAAUGCACUUCCAGUGAGUCUACUGGAGCUGAAGAGCUUCUACAGUGCACUACAGAACCUGCGGCAGCUACUGAUUGAAUGUCCACUGCAACAUUUGAGAACAUCAGGACUACAGGUUCUUCAGCUCUUCAUCAAUAAACUGGAUCCUGAGGCAAAGCACAAGUUUUUCAGGUGUAUGUUAAAAACAGGCAACCAUGCAGGUGUAGAGAGUUAUGUAGUGAAGAACAUCAAGAAUCAAGUGGAAGUUUCCAUGGAGCCUGGUAACCACAAUAAAUGGUUCCUGGGAGAGGAGUUUCUCUCACUGCUGGGACUGGUGCUGUGUUUUCCACAAGGUGCUGAGACAGAUCUGCUCCAUAGUAUGGACAGGAUAAUGGAAAGUUUAAAUCUUCUACGCUUUCUCCUCAUCAAAGACAAAGUACUGUGGAGCCAAGUAAGUCAGUGUCAUUCAAAGCUUACCCAACUCUUCUGUCAAGCCCACCUGGUUAACACAGAGAGCUGAUGAUCUACUGAUCUGCUCCUUUUCCCUCAGACAGAUGUGUGGGAGGAGCUGGUCAGAAUCAAAGAUGAAUACCUGAAAAUGCUGCGUGUGUGUAUCAGCAUGUCAAGAGCAUAUUAUUCUGCUGAACUUAAGGCACUGAGGGAGGAUCUAAAGCUAAAAGUCAAAGAAGCCAGAGAAUCUGCCAGAUCCAGCACAUUAGUCAAACGCAUCACAGUGAAACAUCAGGAUGUGUCCAAUAUGUCCCCCGAGGUCAAGCACCAGGUGUUGCAGAGCGCUUUGGUGACCUUUGACCUGAUGGAGAGUCUUAUUUUCCGCAUUGAAGAGAUCGCAGAGGAAAAGCGAAAGAUUCCAAACUAA